AUGGCUGUUGGUAAGAACAAGAGACUUUCUAAAGGUAAGAAAGGUUUAAAGAAGAAGGUUGUUGACCCAUUCACCAGAAAGGAAUGGUUUGACAUUAAGGCCCCAUCUACUUUUGAAAACAGAAACGUUGGUAAGACUUUAGUUAACAAGUCUACUGGUUUAAAGAACGCUGCCGAUGCCUUAAAAGGUAGAGUCGUCGAAGUUUGUUUAGCUGAUUUACAAGGUUCUGAAGAUCACUCUUUCAGAAAGGUCAAGUUAAGAGUUGAUGAAGUCCAAGGUAAGAACUUAUUAACCAACUUCCACGGUAUGGAUUUCACCACUGAUAAAGUUAGAUCCAUGGUUAGAAAAUGGCAAACUUUGAUUGAAACUAACGUCACUGUCAAGACUGCUGACGACUACGUUAUCAGAAUCUUUGCCAUUGCCUUCACCAGAAAGCAAUCUAACCAAAUCAAGAGACAUGCUUACGCUCAAUCUUCCCACAUUAGAGCUAUCAGAAAGGUCAUCUCUGAAAUUAUGACUAGAGAAGUCCAAAACUCUACUUUAGCUCAAUUAACCUCCAAGUUGAUUCCAGAAGUUAUGAACAAGGAAAUUGAAAACGCUACCAAAGAUAUCUUCCCAUUACAAAACAUCCACAUCAGAAAGGUUAAGUUAUUAAAACAACCAAAAUUCGAUUUAGGUGCUUUAAUGGCCUUACACGGUCAAGCUUCUGGUGAAGAAAAAGGUAAGAAAGUCUCUGGUUUCAAAGAUGAAGUCUUAGAAACUGUCUAA